GCGGACGAAGAAGGGAAAAAGAAACAUGGCCGUCGCAGGCACCGGAGCUCCCACAAGCACGAUGAGGCGAAGAAGCGACGGAAGAAGAAGAAGAAGCGGAAGAAGAAGAAAAAGAAGGCAGGUGGUCUUGCCCCAUGGGACUCUGGAACGAGCUCUGAGGAGGAGGUCGAGGAAGAGGAGGAGGCCAUAGAACCAGAGGAAGAAGAGGUUCUCGUUUUCAAGUCUGACCACGAGUUCUCCCCUGAGUCAGAUCUAGAGGAAGGAGAUGAGAGUGCACCUACCAAGCAUGCCCGCACUGCACGCAAAGGAGAGCGCAAGAAGGGCGAGGAGGUGGUGUCAUUGGUGGAGGUGCUGCAGGAGCAUCUGAAGAGCAUCGAUGUCCUCCUGAAGAAGCGGGAGAAGGACGACAUGAUGAAGAAACGGCUGGAGUAUGUCACCAUCAGCAUGAGCAACAUCAUCCCCGCACGCAAGCGCCAGGAUUCGGGCGAGGAGGGUUCCGAUGACGAAGAUGACGAGGAUGAGUCAGAGAGUGACUCAGACGAUGAAUCUAGCUACUCAUCCUCAAGUGAGGAGGAUGAAACGCCCAUCUACCCUCUGAGGGCGAGGAACCCUGGCCAAAAAGUGUCCUACAAGUUCUCAGAGUUUGAUGAUCUCAUCAAGUCUGCCAUUGAGGAUGACCCAGCAGUGCACGAGGAACGAGUAUCUCGUGGGAAGGACAUGCAAAAUAUUAUAGCUGCCAAUGAGGAAGAGGAAGAGCUGGGGAGAAAGGAGGAAGAAGAGGAGGAGGAGGAGGAAGAGGAGGAGGUAGCAGCAACAGAAGAGGCAAAGGCAGAUGCCAAGAGUGAGGGUGAAGCAGCAGAGGCUCAACUUAUUCCUGCUGUAGACUUACCAGAAGAUCGAGAGUCCCAAGCGCAUAGGGAGCGGGUGGCCAACCUGGAGAAGCUGACCUGGAAGAAGAAGAAGAAGAAGGCCCUCACCAGUCUGGACUUUUCGAGCGAUGAUGAGGGUGAUGAUGCCGCCUCAGACGAGGACUUCCGUGGCUCCAGUGCGGAGGAGAAUGAGGAAGACGAGGAAGAAGAUGAGGACGAGGAGGAGGAAGAAGAGGACGAGGAUGCCGACAGCGAUGAGUCGUACGGCCCCAGCCGCAGGCGGCGCUCUGGCCGAGAGGCUGUCCGUCGCAGUUCUCGCUCCACCCGCACCAGUCGAUAUGACAGUGACUUUGUGGAUGAGAGCGAGGAUGAGGAUGACAAGUCCCGGCACAAGAAGCGGAAGCGAAAGAGGAGUCCCAGUGCAAGCGAAUCUGACAGCGAUGAGACCUGGGGUGGCAAGAAAUGCAAAUCCAGCACCAAGCGAGUUGGGAGUCGACGCAAGUCUCAGUGGAGUGAUGAGGACUCAGAUGAUUCUACGGAGCGGAGACGACGAAACCGUAAGAAGGCCAAAGGCAAAGCCAAACCACCUCCAAGGACUGAUGCAGCUCCAAGGCCGCCCAGCAAAAAGAGAAAGCACUUGAGAUCUGAAUUGGAGGAGCUGAAAGCUGGGAGUGGGGUAUUCAUCCAAGAGGAGUCAGAGGACGAAGGGCCCCGCCGUCGCACCCGUGGCCGCCAGAUCAACUACCGGGAACUCGUUGGCAGCGAUGAUGAUAUAGAUGAUUCCUAUGGAGGGAGCAAGAAGAGGAAAAAAGAGUCAGACAGUGGGGAUGAGUUCACACUGGACAAGGAGGAGAUAGAUGAGGCAGAGGGCACCAGUCGCAAGGGUGGGGCUCGCCCUAUUCGCACCUAUGCAGGUCUGGCCAGGCGAGGGAAACCUGCCAUGGCCACCCGUCUUCCUGCAUCCCGUCCUUCUGGUCCUAAGAAGGGGAAGGCUGAGCUUGAGAGUGAAGAUAGUGCUGAGGAGGAGGUGGAGGAGGAAGAAGAGGAGGAACAGCCACAUGGAAAUGAGGAGGAGGAUGAGGAAGAUGCACUUCACAGUGAUGAGGACAUGAACACCAUCCCCCUGAAGGACACUCGCAAGAACCGCCAGGCAAGGGGUGAGACAGUUGAGAUGAAGAAGGCCCGAUUGCAGGGAAUCAGUGCUGAAAUCAAGCGUCCACCUGCAAUUGGAACACCAAUGGCACCCUUGCCCGGAGAAGAAUCAGUGAUCAAGCGUGUUGUUACUCCUGAGCAGCAGGGGCAACCACCACCAUAUUGGCGACCAGGAAUGCCCCCACCACUGCAACAGCAACCAUUUCCACCUCAGCAGCAGCCACAAGAUUCACCUAAGCUGCCCUAUCCUCCUUACAUUCCUCCUCAAUAUCCACAGGCAUCUGCACUUCCACCUCAGCAUGUGGCCAUACCAGGAGCACCUAUUCCACAAUUACCACUUAGUGGUGGUCCUGUUGGUCCAUUACAACCUCAAUCUGCUGUGCUGCCCCAAUUACCAACAGCUGCUCUACAGUCAGGGACACCUCCUAGGGUCCCUCCCCCACACCCACAUAUUGUCCCAAGGACUGCUCCAGAUCCCCAUGCCUAUCAGCCCGGAUUCACACAGUAUCCACCUCGGCACCAGGCAGGCAUGUAUCGCCCCCCGUUUGUCCGGUACCCCCCCCAGGUGAUGCCUCAUCGACCGGUACAGUAUGAGCCAGGGUUCAAAGGACCAACAGACCCAGCAAGUGAGGACUCUCCUGAACCUGGACAUCCUCAAUUGCCCCACCCUCACCAUGGACUUCCUGGGACGAGUGAGUUCGGUGGACUUGUCUCGUAUUUCUCCAGUCAACGUGAAGAUGUGGAUGACUGAGUGAUGUUUGUGCACAUGUUUCUUCUUUGAUACCUACAAAUUUUUUCUUUUUCCUUUAGUUGUUGCUAAUUGUUUCUUUUCCUGCUGGAAACAUAUUCAGGUUGCUUCUUGCAUAGGCUAGACAGCUUGGGGAAGCUUUGGAACAAAUGACCCUUUUUUAUGGCAGACCUGCCUCGUCCAAGCAGCUGAUUGUAAAGACUUUGCAGAAGUUUCAGUCCUAAUGAAUGUUCUGCUUUUACAAAACAAAUUUCACGCAUUUCGGACUAGCUCUAGAGUGCAGUAUUCGAUCCAAACCUGAU